CGGAAGCUAACGAACAUGCAACGCCGGCACCGGGAAAGCGUCCGGACCACAUAAAAAUGGCCUCCCUCCCACCUGGCUAUCGCUCAUCCACUCCCCCGUGGGAGUCGCCCUCAUCCUCGGCGUCACCCUCCCCUCCUCUUUUCCCCGUUUCUCUUCGUGGCUCUCCACUUCCCUCUCCUCUACCCACCUCCCUCCCUCCUUUCGCUUUCGCUGACGCCUUCCUCCUCCCGUCAAUCCCCUCUGCCCCCCCCCCCCCUCCAAAAUUCCAAACCCAAAACAUUUACCGAAAAACCAAUAACUAACAAGUAAACGGGAAGAAAGAAUUCAAGAAGAAGAAGAAAGAAUGAGAGAAGAAGGGAUGGAGGACCGUGGAGUGGAAGACGAGGACGCUGCCGACACCGUGACGAAGAUGGUGACGACGGGCCACCCGCCGCAGCGAAAAGGCAUCAGCUACAGCCAGCCCCUCGGCAAGGAAGCCGCCAUCGCCUCCUCCGCCCGCCGCAACCACAGCCUCGACGACCACCACCCCUCCAACCCCUUCCUGGACUCCGCACCCGACGCCCCCCGAUCCCUCUCCUACCCCCAUUACCACCUCCAUUCCUCCCCGCCAACCUCCUUCCCCCACCACCACCACUCCAACUCCGUCGAAGACCUUCGCUUCGCCGCUCACCACUCCCGCCACCCCCCUCUCCCCCCCUCCCACCACCACCACCACGGCCUCGUCACCGUCGGUGGCUCCUUCAGCAACCCCUUCAGCUCCGGCGGCGGCAGUUCCCUCUCCGACAGCGAUGGCUCCCUCACCCUCGAGCGCGCCAUGUCCGAGUACGGCGGCGCCCCCGGCACCUUGCCGGAAUUCAUGGGCAGCGGCGGCGACACCGGCAUCUUCCGCGUCCCCCUCCGCGCCGCCAUGCACCCUGGCCGCCCCCCCGCCCUCGAGCUCCGCCCCCAUCCCUCCGGGAGACCCCAGGCCGGCUCCUUCCUCCGCACCAUCGCCUGCGCCCACGGCCAGCUCUGGGCCGGCGCCGAGUCCGGACUCCGGGUGUGGAAUCUGGACAACGUGUUCGACGGGUGGGGCGAGGCCGGGCCCGCGAGGAGAGGGGACGAGGAGAGCGCGCCGUUCCGGGAGUCCUGCCACACGUCUCCCACCAUGUGUUUGGCGGUGGAUGCGGCAACCGGGUUGAUUUGGAGUGGGCACAAGGAUGGGAAGAUUCGGUCAUGGAGGAUGGAUCAGCCAACGGUCCAGACUUCUCCGCGCGAUGGAGGGAGUGCUGCUCAGUUUAGAGAAGGGCUUUCGUGGCAGGCGCACAGCCGGUCUCCUGUGCUCUCCAUGGUCAUCACUUCGUUUGGAGAAAUAUGGUCAGGUACUGAAGGUGGGGUUAUAAAGGCCUGGCCUUGGGAUGCCAUUGAAAAAUCCCUCUCUCUACCAAUGGAAGAAAGACAUAUGGCUGCUUUAUUAGUUGAGAGGGCAUAUGUUGACCUAAGGAGCCUUGUCACUGUGGGUGGUGUGUGCAACUUGCCUGCCGUAGAUGUGAGAUAUAUGUUAUCUGAUAAUUCUAGGUCUAAAGUGUGGACUGCUGGUAGCUUAUCCUUUGCACUCUGGGAUGCUCGGACAAGGGAUCUUUUGAAAGUGUUUGGCAUAGAUGGCCAGGUUGACACUCGGGUGGAGAAAAUUGAGGCGCAACAAGUACAGGAUUCAUAUGGAGAGGAUGAGAUGAAAAUAAAAUUUGUUUCCACAUCGAAGAAGGAAAAGUCAGGCUCUGUUAGCUUUUUGCAACGUUCUCGAAAUGCCCUGAUGGGAGCAGCUGAUGCUGUUCGCAGGGUUGCAGUCAAGGGAACAUUUGGGGAAGACAAUAAGAGAACAGAAGCAUUGACAUUAGCAAUGGACGGAAUGAUCUGGAGUGGAUGCACAAAUGGCUUGCUUAUUCAGUGGGAUGGAAAUGGGAAUCGGUUACAAGAGGUUCAGCAUCAUUCUUCUUCUGUUCAGUGUAUUUGUGCAUUUGGGACACGGUUUUGGGUGGGCUAUGUGAGUGGCAUUGUUCAGGUUUUGGAUCUUGAGGGAAAUUUGGUUGGAUCAUGGGUUGCACAUAGCAGUCCGGUUAUAAAGAUGGCCAUUGGUAGUUCGUAUAUCUUCACGCUUGCUCAUCAUGGUGGGAUUCGUGGAUGGAACCUGAUGUCUCCUGGACCUCUUGAUGAUAUCUUGCGACUAGAGUUGGCCAAUAAGGAGUUAUCCUAUACAAGAUAUAAAAAUUUUAAAAUCUUUGCUGGAACUUGGAAUGUUGGACAGGAAAGGGCAUCUCACGAUUCACUCAUGUCAUGGUUGGGUAUUGCGGCAUCAGAGGUUGAAUUAGUUGUUAUCGGGUUGCAAGAGGUGGAAAUGGGUGCUGGAUUUCUUGCAAUGGCUGCUGCCAAAGAAACUGUAGGACUCGAGGGAAGUGCUAAUGGGCAGUGGUGGUUGGAUACUAUAGGCAAAACCUUAGAUGAGGGAACAUCUUUUCAACGUGUUGGUUCUAGGCAGUUGGCAGGACUACUUAUUGCUGCAUGGGCUAGGAAAAAUCUUAGGCCAAAUAUUGGUGAUGUUGAUGCUGCGGCGGUACCAUGCGGCUUUGGGCGUGCAAUUGGAAACAAGGGUGCUGUAGGUUUGAGGAUGAGAGUCUAUGAUCGUACAAUGUGCUUUGUGAACUGUCAUUUUGCUGCACAUUUGGAAGCUGUUAGCCGGCGCAAUGCUGACUUUAAUCAUGUUUAUCAAACAAUGGCAUUCAGCCGGCCAUCUGCUGGACCUCACGGAUCUGCAGCUGGUGCUACAUCUGUUCAAUUGCAUCGUGGAGUGAAUGCCAUGGGAUCUCAAUCUGAUGAUGGAAAACCUGAGUUGUCAGAAGCGGACAUGGUUGUAUUUCUUGGUGAUUUCAAUUAUCGCCUUUUUGGUAUCAGUUAUGAUGAAGCAAGGGACAUGGUUUCACAAAGAUGUUUUGACUGGCUUAGAGAUAAGGAUCAGCUUAGAGCAGAAAUGAAAGCAGGCAAAGUUUUUCAAGGAAUGCGUGAAGGGCAAAUCAAGUUUCCUCCCACAUACAAGUUUGAAAGGCAUCAAGCAGGUCUUUCAGGAUAUGAUUCCGGUGAGAAGAAGCGAAUUCCUGCUUGGUGUGACAGAAUACUAUAUCGUGAUAGCCGUUCUAUUUCAGUGGCUGAAUGCUCAUUAGAAUGCCCUGUAGUUUCUUCAAUUACAAUGUAUGAAGCUUGUAUGGAUGUAACAGACAGUGAUCACAAACCAGUCAGGUGUAUAUUCAGUGUUGAAAUUGCUCAUGUAGAUGAACUGAUAAGGAGGCAAGAAUAUGGGGAAAUAAUUGCAUCAAAUGAGAAAAUAAGGUCUUUACUUGAAGAAUUUUCGGAAGUUCCUGAAACUAUUGUUAGCACAAACAACAUAAUCCUGCAAAACCAAGAUAAUAUUAUCCUCCGAAUCACUAACAAAUGUGAGAAAAACAAAGCUAUCUUUGAAAUCAUUUGUGAAGGCCAGUCCACUAUAAAGGAUGAUGGAAAUUCGUUGAAGCUUUCUACAAGAGCUUCCUUUGGCUUUCCACUAUGGCUCGAGGCCCACCCCGCCGUUGGUGUAAUCAAGCCCGGACAAACAGUGGAAGUUGCUGUGCAUCAUGAGGAUUUCUAUACUCGAGAAGAAUUUGUUGAUGGAAUCCCACGUAACUGGUGGUGUGAAGAUACCCGGGACAAAGAGGUGGUACUAUCGGUUAAGGUAAUGGGCAGUGGCUCAACUGAAAGCACAAGCCACCGGAUCCAUGUAUGUCACUGCUCAUCCAAGACCACAUGCACUGAUACAAAACGCCAUUCCAGAAGAAACCAAUCAAACCAUCUACACAGGGCUGAUUUUGCACAGUUUGGAGGAUCUUCAGAUGUGGCUUGUGACUUGUGCCACAUGCGGUGUCCUUAGCAUAAUGCAAAGACGGGAGGUAGAACUACUUUUCUGUCUAAAACAGGAGUUUUGAAUGGGGAAAGAACAGAAACAGGGUCCAAGAUUAUUCUUCUUUCCAAAUCACAUGAGAACUUUCUCCCAACAUUUUCUGUACAUACCCAUCACUUUCUUAUUUCUAAUUUACAUUACUCCAAAAAGAAAUCCAGAUGAUCGAAUUAUCCAGCCAAUUACAUGGUAAUAUUCUUUAGAUAGUUCUUAGAAAGGGUUUUUUGAGCCAAGAAGGAUCCUUGUAGUAUGCUUAUUAGAGUUUCCCAUGAACUAGAAGUGAAACAGGUGUAAUUUUGUAUAGUCCCUUGUCAUGCUAGGCCACCGACAAUGUGCCAUUGUUGCAUUGGCCAAAAGUUGUAAAUGUUUUUUUCCGAAAUGUAAAUAAUAUUGUGGCUUCACUAUAUGAGGGGUCACUUGGUGAAAUUUGAGUGUGCUAGUUACCA